ACUCCCUAACGCUUCUCUCCACCGCCCUCUGUCAAACUUUCCCAAAUCGAGGUCUGAAACCCUAAUCCUAUGGCGACACUGCAAUCGAUCGAAGCCCACCGAGAAGGCGCCGAGAUCUACCACGGAGAGGAAAUCUGCAAGAAGAAAUCGAUUGAGCUCCUCGAGCUGGUCCACCUUCCUCGCGGACUUCUCCCUCUGAACGAUAUGGAGGAGGUCGGAUACAACCGCGAAACCGGUUUCGUCUGGCUCAAGCAAAAGAAGCGCACUGAUCACAACUUCAAGAAGAUCGGGCGGCUUGUCUCGUACGCCCCUGAGGUGACGGCGUUCGUCGAGGAGCGGCGGAUGAAGAAGAUGACCGGGGUUAAGAGUAAGGAAAUACUGAUCUGGAUUACGCUCACCGAUAUGUAUAUUGAUGAUCCCGCUUCCGGGAAGAUCACCUUUAAGACUCCCGCGGGGCUUUCUCGCUCGUUUCCUGUUUCAGCCUUUGAGCUGGAGGAGGAGGUGGAGGAGAAGGAGAAGCAGAAGAAUUGAUAAGGAAAUGAAGCUUUGAAAGGGGGUUUAUAUUGCCACUUUCCCUUCACUUCUGGUAUUUGGUUAUGAAACUAUAAAAUGUUGUUUGGAUUUAUGUCGAGUCGGUGUAGUGUCGAAAGGAAAAGUGACCGAAGACGGUUGCACUAAAGUUCAUCUUGUGCUUUAUGAUGCUCUAAUAUUUAAUAGUGAAUACUAAAUAAUUAUGAAAAUAUUGACGGAAUUCGAAGUUGUUGACUUGCUUGGAACAUAAAUAGUUGCCUGA